UUCCUCACUGAUCGCCAUUUUGUUACGUAUUAUAGAUUAUUAUUGCGCUCCGUUUUCUUACAAUAUCUUCAUAAUGGAAAGUGAUACGGACUCGGAAUUCGAAGGGUUUUUACCUGAAGAUAUUUUAGAUGUUGAUAUCGAUAUUAGUAAUGCCGUGGGAAGUGAUUUUUCCGAUAUUUCGAGCGGAGAAGACGAGGAUCUUGAUCUAACAACGGCCGACGAGAACCAGCAUGGCGGCCCGUCUUGCAGUAACGAGUUUAUUUGGCAAACAACACUAAACCCAGUGACCAGUCCAUCAUUUUUAGGACCUGAGCCUGGGCCAACAGAUAUAUUAGAAGAGGGGAAGAACGAGUUUGAUUUUUUUAGUUUGUUUUUCGGAUUAAAUUUGUACACGUUAAUUGCUGAAGAAACGAAUCGGUACCACGAUGCUAAAUAUCAAAAUGGAGAGAAAAAUUGGAGUAACGUGACCCCGGAAGGAAUACGAGAUUUUUUGGCCCUACGUGUGUUUAUGAGUAUAUCAACGCAGCCAAGAACUAAUAUGUACUGGUCGCGAGACUAUUAUUUCGGUAAUUACAAAAUUGCUGAUAUAAUGACCAGGGACCGGUUUGAUAAAAUAUCCGAAAAUUUCCACACAAAUGACAAUUCAACCAACCCCGCCAGAGGUGAAAUAAACCACGAUAAGUUACAUCAUGUAAGACCUAUUUUAGAUCAUGUUUUAGACAAUUGUUCCAAACGAUAUAAUCCACAUCAGAACACUUCAAUUGAUGAAGCAAUGGUAGCGUUUAGAGGAAGAAUAGGCUUCAAACAGUACAUGCCUGCGAAGCCAGUGAAAUAUGGGAUAAAGGUGUGGGUGAGGGCGGACCCGAACAAUGGUUUUGUGAAUGAAUUUCAAGUGUACACUGGCAAGGAAAACAUGACUGCAGAAAUUGGACUAACAUCUCGGGUUGUUUUAGACUUAACUAGAAAAUGUCAAUUUCAAAAUAUGAUUGUAAAUGUCGACAAUUUUUAUACCAGUGCGAACUUAUUUAGGGAAUUAGAAAACGUUGGUAUAUUCGCCCGUGGAACGUGCAGGACUAACCGAAAGAAUUGGCCUAAAAAUCUGAAACCGAAGGACGAAGAUGUAAAAAAAUGGCCAAGUGGGGAAUAUAAGAUAAUGCAAGCCUCAAAUUUGACAGCCGGCAUGUGGAAAGACAAGAGGAUUGUCAAUUUUAUGUCGACUGCCGAUUCACCUUUAUCCACAGUCGAAGUACAAAGAAAACAAAAAGAUGGUACAGUAAAAACUGUCAAGUGCCCAGUAACAAUCAAAGAAUACAAUUCUAACAUGGCUGGAGUUGAUAGAUCAGAUCAGUUACGUAUGGAAUACCCAACGUACAGAAUGUCCAAAAAAUGGUGGCUUUAUUUGUUUUAUUUUUUAUUUGACUUGUCUAUUUCGAAUGCCUUUGUGCUAUAUAAGGAAUCAAAAAAACAUGUAAAAAAAACUAAAAACGGCAAGAUUAUUCCAACAUCAUUGCUUGAAUUUAAAAUGAAUUUAUUUAAGAAAAUGAUUGGAAACGCACGAAACGGGAGGAAAAGAAAACGGGUUGAAUCUGGAGAAGAUAUACCCACAGCGCCAGGUGGACACUACCCAAUGAGAACGGCCAAAAGAGCAAGAUGCAGACAGUGCAGCAAAUCAAAAAAACGUGCCGAAACUAACUUACAGUGUGACAAUUGUUUGGUAUAUUUGUGUGCUACAUGCUUUAGAGCUUAUCAUGAAUCCUAAAAACUUUUAUAACAGUGCUAUUGUGAGUUUGUGACUU